GGAGCGCGCCUGCGCAGUGGGGAGCAGUUCGUGGCUAGGUAUUGGGCUGGCUGCAGUCUCGGUCUGAAGGCGGCCGGAGCGGCUGUCUCGGUUAAGAUGAGGUUUCUGCUGCUCUUCCUGGUGGCGGCGUCGGCGGUGGUCCGCAGCGAGGCCUCGGCCAACCUGGGCGGCGUGCCCAGCAAGAGGUUAAAGAUGCAGUACGCCACGGGGCCGCUGCUCAAGUUCCAGAUUUGCGUAUCCUGAGGGUACAGGCGGGUGUUUGAGGAGUACAUGCGGGUUAUUAGCCAGCGGUAUCCAGACAUCCGCAUUGAAGGAGAGAAUUAUCUCCCUCAACCAAUUUAUAGGCACAUAGCAUCUUUCCUGUCAAUCUUCAAACUAGUAUUAAUAGGCUUAAUAAUUGUUGGCAAGGAUCCUUUUGCUUUUUUCGGCAUGCAAGCUCCUAGCAUCUGGCAGUGGGGCCAAGAAAAUAAGGUUUACGCAUGUAUGAUGGUUUUCUUCUUGAGCAACAUGAUUGAGAACCAGUGUAUGUCAACAGGUGCAUUUGAGAUAACGUUAAAUGACGUGCCGGUAUGGUCUAAGCUGGAAUCUGGUCAUCUUCCAUCCAUGCAGCAGCUUGUUCAAAUUCUUGACAAUGAAAUGAAACUCAAUGUGCAUAUGGAUUCAAUCCCACACCAUCGGUCAUAGCCCUGCCUAUCAGCACUGAAAACUCUUUUACACUAAGGGAUUUUGCAAGAGCAGCGUGACUGACACUAUGAAGGCCUGUACUGAAGACAGCAAGCUGUUAGUACAGACCGGAUGUUCUUGGCAGGCUCGUUGUACCUCUUGGAAAACCUCAGUGCAAGACAGUUUUCCAUGCUGGCACAUGCUGAAUUCUGCACACACAUGGAGUGCAGUGAUACUGUGCAGUGUCCCCGAGCCCACUGUUGAUAGUUUCGUCUUCUUGACAUAGCAUUAUUACUUGUAACUCUUUUCCUGGUCGUGUUUGAGAAAGUACAGAGUUGAGUUACAAUUUAAAAUUUUUUCAAGAUGUGUGUUAAGCCUGUUGUGUUUUUAUAUGAAUUUUCAUUUUUAAAAAAUAGUUUAACAUCAGUUUUCUUGGGUAAACACCUGAAGUUCCCAAAUAAUUUUUAAAGAGUUUACAGAUAGCUCUAAUUUGGCCAUGUUUAAUACAUAGUUUUCAAAACAUUGCAGAUUGUAAACAGUGAAUUAUACAGGAUUAGGGGAGGGAAUCCAGUAUCCAGAGUACUCUACCAAGUGUGUGGUGUGUGUU